AUGACACCUGCGAACAUGCUACCUAUCUGCCCGAUGGCUGUGAAGAUGGCGAUGUAUAUUGUGCCGCUGUACAAACUCGAUUCGAAGAAACCUUGA